UAUACAUUUACCUUUUUACUUUGUGUAUAUUUAGUUAUCUAAAGUGUUUUAUUUAGUAGUAUUUAUCUAUCUUGUUAAAAUUACUUAGUAUUUAAUGCAAAUUAUAGUCAAAAACGUCUUUAGUUUCUUUAAACAACCAAAGUCUUUUUAUCUUGUUAAAAAACUCUUUCAGUUUCAAACAGAUUUUUAUUGCUACAUUCCUUUGAGAAUGAGUUCCACUAUGAUAUCAGAUAUUUCAAGACACACAGAUAAACAUGAGAAUGAUGUAAUUCAACUUAAAAAGGAAAUUCAUAAUCUUAAACAUAUAUUAAAUAAUGUAGUUGAAGAUGAUUGCUCUGUUGAACUGAAUGAGCUGCGCACCAAAAAUGCAAAGUUGCUUUAUCAAAAAACUCAGUUAGAACGGGCAUUAAUUCAAGAGAAAAAUGUUUCCUCUUCAAAAAUGAUCAAUAUUCAAACAGCAUUGAAUCUUUUGUUUGAAACAGCAAUAUGUAAUGCAUUUCCUGAAUUUAUUAAUCCACCCGUUUCUCUAACUGUAGCUCAAAAUUCAAAUUUUGGAGACUAUCAAUGCAAUAGUGCGAUGGCAAUUGCAAAGCUGGCAGAAAAAAAGCAUGGGAAGAAAUUAUCUCCUGUAGUAAUUGCUGAAAAGAUAUUAGAAAAUCUUCCUUCAAAUCCAGUUGUAAAAGAGGUUUCAAUUGCUGGUCCUGGUUUUAUUAAUAUAACACUAGAAAAACGUUUUGUUUGUGAUAUACUUAAUAAAGUACUUCAUGAAAAAGUUCAUCCUCCUGGUGUUGGGAAGAAAAAAAAAGUUAUAAUUGAUUUUUCCUCACCAAAUAUUGCUAAAGAAAUGCAUGUUGGACAUUUACGUUCAAGCAUAAUUGGUGAAAGCUUGGCAAGACUUCUUGAAUUUUUAAAUCAUGACGUAUUAAGGUUAAAUCAUGUUGGUGACUGGGGUACACAAUUUGGGAUGCUUAUUGCACACCUAGAAGAUAAAUUUCCAAACUUUAAAGAAGUUUCUCCUCCAAUUGAAGAUUUGCAAAGUUUUUAUAAAGCUUCGAAGAAACGUUUUGAUGAAGAUGGAGAAUUUAAAAAGCGUGCAUAUCAAAGAGUAGUAGAUUUGCAAGGUGGAAACCCAGAUGUGAAAAAUGCGUGGAAAUUAAUAUGCGAUGUUUCACGAAAAGAGUUUCAACGUAUUUAUGAUCGCUUGGAUAUAACACUUAUUGAACGAGGUGAAUCAUAUUACAAUGAUCUUAUGCCAAAAAUAGUUGAGGAUCUUAAAAAAGGAAAUAUUUGUGAAAAAGCUGAUGAUGGACGUUGGAUUGCAUGGGCUCCAAAUAUGAAGAUACCAUUAAUUUUAGUGAAAUCAGAUGGCGGGUUUACAUAUGAUACAAGUGAUUUAGCUGCUUUGCAUCAAAGGUUAAAAGAUGAACAUGGUGAAUGGGUUAUUUAUGUUGUUGAUGCUGGACAGGGUGACCAUUUUAAGCAAGUAUUUGGUUUAGCUCAAAAAGCUGGUUGGUACAAUCCCUCUAUCACACGUGUAGAUCAUGUUGCUUUUGGAGUUGUUCUAGGAGAAGAUAAGAAAAAGUUUAAAACACGAUCAGGUGACACUGUUCGUUUAUCAGAAUUACUGGAUGAAGGUUUAAAGCGCUCUAUGGACAAAUUACUUGAAAAAGAGCGUGAUAAGGAACUAUCUCCUGAUGAGCUUAAAGCGGCACAGUCAUCUACAGCUUAUGGUUGUAUCAAAUACGCUGAUCUAUGUCAUAACCGUCUUAUGGACUAUGUGUUUUCAUUUGAUAAGAUGCUUGAUGAUAAAGGCAACACAGCUGUGUACUUAUUAUAUGCAUAUACAAGAAUCAGAUCAAUACAAAGAAAAGCGAAGGUUGAUGAACAAGUCCUUAAUUUAUAUAUAAGUCAAAAUAGCAUUAAUUUAUCUCAUGAGAAAGAAUGGAAACUUGGUAAACUUUUAUGUCGCUUUCCAGAGGUUAUAACUCGCUGUGCGAACGAUUUAAUGUUACAUCCGCUGUGCGAGUAUUUAUAUGAGUUGGCUUCCACUCUAACUGAAUUUUAUGAUGCUUGUUACUGCAUCGAAAUCAAUCGGGAAACAGGAGAAAUCUUAAGUGUUGACUUGAACAGAAUUGCAAUUUUAGAAACUGUAGCAAAAUUUUUUGAAACAGGUUUUUAUAUACUUGGUUUAAAACCCGUCACAAAGAUGUAAAAAACAGGUUUUUAUAUACUUGGUUAAAAACCAUCACAAAAAUGUAAAAAGUUACAAGUAUUUAUGCUGUAGUUUUUUUAUAAUUCAAAAAAGAAUUUUCGCUGUGAAAAGAAAUAGAUUAAAUUUGAGUA